CCGUCGCCAGGUGGGCCAUUAGAGCCCUCUGAUGCCCGGUGCCUUGUGCGCAAAUGCCGUAAAGGGCGGGGCUGCCUGAUCGUGCCCUGGAAGGGUGCGCAGGGUCGCGUCUUCAUGCACUAACUGAUGCACUUCAGGUGGUAGAGCUGACCUCGUGUCCUUGGCCAGCAAGCCGUAUCCAUACACUUGAACUUACGAUGCGUACAAAAGCCGACGUCACCCAUCAACGACUUGUCGAGCUUGCGCAGAAAUGUGCCAACCAUGCACAGCACGGUGGCAGCGAGCUGAGGCCGAAAGACUUGCGCAAGCUCAUACGCAAGGUUGAAUAUGCGCUCAACAAUGACGCGCCGCUCGAUCGGGUGCUAGACGCAGUGGCACGGGCCUUCCCGGCCGGAACAACCCGGUUCGACCCCGAAAUAGAGUCGCUCCUGCUUGCAUAUGGCCUAUGCGGAGCUACGCGGGUGGAGAAUAUGUGCUAUCUACACUAUCGCCUGUCUGGGGCGUUUCCACCAAAGUGCAGGGAGCGUCUGCCUGAGCUGCUGCGAACAAUGCCCGAAGGAGACUGGACGAACGCUGGAGAGACAGCCAUGCACAUGAUGGUGCAGGGCUGCCUCGCGCGGCGCUUCUUCCCGGACCCAUCCGUUGAGGAGGCACAAGCCGCCGACGGCAGCCGGCGGGAUUGCGAACGCGCGGAAUACCUGGCUGGGGCCAUGGGCGCCAUGCUCGAGGCCGGCCUUGACGCGCACGCGCCGGACGCGCACGGGACCAGCGUCGUACAGCUGCUGCGGGCGGGGCGGCGGCAGUACAGCCGCGAGGUGGCGGAGCUGGCGGGCAGCAGGCGUGUGGGCGACGUCAAGGGGCUGCUCAGCAUGGUGCGCGCCAUCAAUGAAGCGCUGGAGGCGUGCGGUAAGGACACAAAAGGCGGCGGCGCGGCGGGCGGCGGCGCGACGAUUCAUGUGGGGGCCGGUGUGGGUGCUGGCGCUGGCUUGGCCACACCAGGCCCGGCGGCAGGCAAGAAGCGCCAGUGCAUGACGCAGGCGUCACCGCUGGGCCAGAGCGUGGCAGUGGCGCUGGAGGGCGGCUCGCCGGCUGCUGCGGCGCCCCAUGCACCACGAAAGCGGCCCCGCAGCGACGGCGAGGGGGCCGCCUCCACGUGUGGGGCAGGCGUUCAUCAGGGGGUGCGCCGGGCGCUAGACGGAGUCAAGCUGGAGCGCGCAGCCGCUUCGCUGGCGGUGGGGCCAGCGGCGGUGGCGGCAAGGGUGGCUGUUAAGCCAGAGCCGGAGGCAUCGGCAGCCGUGGUGGGGCCUUGCGGCUCCGCAGCCCGCCUGGCGCCUGGUAGCGCGGUAGUGAAGCGGGAGCCGUGCAGCGGGAUGGGGUCGGCGGCCCGGGUCGGCGCCACCGUGAAGCAGGAGCUGGCGGCGACGCCUGCCGCCUCUGUUUGCUCCAGGGCAGCACGGACGGCGGCCUUGCCACAGCCGAAGCAGGAGCUGCAGCAGGAGCCGAAGCAGGAGCUCCAGGAGGAUGAGGCGGAGCAGGUGCAGGAGCAGGUGCCCGUCAUGCCGUUCGGCCAGUACUGGGGCCGGCCGCUCACGCACCUGCCCGCCAGCUACGUGUGCUGGCUGUGCCAGCAGGAAGGCAUCUUCCAGCACUCGGUCCAGCGGCAGGACCUGUGUAUGCAGCUGCUCGACGCCGGCAUAAUCCGGGCGGCUGAAGCCGACGCCGUGUCGCCAGGCGCCGGUCACCCCUACCUGUCCGGCUACGAGCCAGUGUGGCGCGUGGCGCCUGCCACGCCAGAGGAGCUGCAGGAGGCGCGGGAGGCAUUGGUGACGUUCGGACAGCACCGUGGCGAGCGGGUCGCGGAGCUGCCCUCUGAUUACAUUGGCUGGAUGUGCCGGCAGCCGGGCUUCUGGGACCUGGACCAGGCCCGCAAGCGGGUGCUGCUCCGACAGCUGGAGGUGCUGGGCCGCGUGGGGUACACUCGGGCAGGCCAGGUGGUGCUGGCGGCGGCGGAGCGGACGGGCGGGUAUGCGUCCCGGGGCGUGUACAAGCACGAGGUGGUGUUCCGGGGGUUCGGGAGUGGCGGAUGGGGCGCCGAGUACGACUGCGACUUCGAUGGGUAGGCCGAAUGGCAGUUGGGCGAUUGUAAUUGGCACAUGCCUAGUGGAGGGGCGCCGCGGCAGAGGGGCCCGCCUACGGAUGUGGCGAGACAGCCAAGAGUAUUUGGAGAACUUGUGGCUCGUGGUGCGCGGCAUCUUGUGCCUGGCUAUACAGGUGUUCAUGUGCGCUGUCGCGCCAGGGUAGCCAGUCCGAGCCUCGGGUUGACUCGGACCUGCUGUUGACAGUGAUCUGCGCUUCGCAGGGUGCAUGUGAGCGGGCAUGACAUUAUCGGCAUGCGAUUGCGCUUGUUACAGUGCAGGGCUUACGCUGAAGCGCUGUGAUGCGCUUUGAUGAAAGCGCGGCUGCCUGGGACUGUGGUUGGGGACGGAACAUGCUGUAUACGGUAUAUUCUAGUGCGCCUGAUAUAGAACGCCAGGCGAAUGUAGUGGGGGCUGCGUUAAAGGAGUGGCAGGCGCUGUGUUUACAUGAUUGGUAGAACCUGGGAGCAGGAUGCGGAGCUUAAGUUUUGCUGUCGAUAUGCGUUAGCAUAUGUAUUUUAAGAAGGUUGCACGACAUGGAGCGUGUUGGAUAUGUUGAGGAUGAAGAUCUCGGUGGAAUAUUCGGCUGGCGGGCUGCGGUGCUAGUAGUAAACCUGUAUAAAUACGCCUAGAGUAUUAUAGCACUUCAGUCCUGGGGCAAUUGUGAAAGACUGUCGUACCGCAACGCGGGCCAGGCAGCAUGGAGGAAGGGACUGCUGACGUGUGCUUUUCAAUCGGCUCUGGUCCCGGGCAGACAACGCUACAAUGCAACACAUCUCCAUGCAAGUUGAUUUGAUUGUAAGGAAGAGGCUGG